UCGCAUGAAGUAUCAGAUCUCAUCAGCUAACUGUCUUAAUGUGGCCAUCGGACAGUUUUGAGUUCUAUUGCUAACGAACAUGUGCCAAAUUAAUCAAUCCACAUCUAUCAAUUUCUAGUUAACUAAUUCCGACUGCUUUUAAUUAAUUAAUUUAAAUCAUUAUAAAUCAAACGAUAUUUUUGGCUGUAAAUUGUAUUAAAUCACCGUAAGAAAAACAGCCUUAAUUUUAUACUUUAUAGUUAAGAAACAAAUAGCUUCUCAAUUAUUCUGAUUUAACCGUUAUUCCGUGAAGAAGUUCUCAAAUUAAAAGUGUUUUUCUAUAACCGAAGUGCAAUUUGAACUUUCGAGCUGCUUCUGUUGAUUUUAAAUGGACCUGGGAAUCUCCACACAAUCCAGAGAUGACCAAAUAAAUCAGAACACCCAGACCGCCCAGCUCUCUCGUGAGCCAGCAGUUUUAUUUGUCUCUGGCAGCUCAUCUGAUGCCAAUUUAGAGAGCGAAGAAGGAAACCGAGUCGAUGCCGCCGUCCAGAUCACAACAGGGGGAUGUCUUCAGAUCCAGAAAUCCUAUUCUGAAAACGACAGCCCCAGUCGCAACCGCAUCCUAGAGGCCAGACUUGACGGAGGUGUAAUAUAUGACACACCUAGACACGAAGAUUGUUGCGAGACGUUCACAGUGGACAAGGCAGUGGACCAACUGGGCUUCGGGCGGUUCCAGUUGUUCCUCAGUCUGCUGUGUGGACUGGCCUGGAUAGUGGAUGCAAUGGAGACAAUGCUACUCUCUGUACUCGCCCCCGCCCUCCUCUGCGAGUGGAGACUGACCGCCUUCCAAGAGGCCAUGGUCACUGUGACUGUGUUCACGGGGAUGUUUGUGGCGUCUUCCUUCUGGGGAGUGAUAGCUGACAAGUUUGGCCGCAAAUUUAGUCUGGUGCUGUCUUCCUGUCUGACAUUUUACUUUGGAGCAUUGACUGCCUUCAGUCCAAACUUUUAUUGGGUGCUGGUUCUCCGAGGCCUCACAGGAGCAGGCAUCGCAGGUGCACCUCAGGCAGUGACGAUCUAUUCGGAAUUCCUGCCGACUGUGUACAGAGCUAGAGCCAUUGUGCUACUCGAAGUGUUCUGGGCAUGGGGAACUAUCCUGGCUGUCACCCUCGCUCUCCUAGUCAUGCCCGGCCUCGGCUGGAGAUAUUUUGUAUUCUUCUGCGCACUUCCUGUAUUAGUCUUCAAUCUACUAUGCUAUUGGUUGCCAGAGAGUGCCAGAUUCUAUAUGGUAUCCGGGGACAAAGAGGCAGCCUUGAAGACCAUCCGACAGAUUGCCCACUGGAAUCAAAAGCCCAUGCCCCUGGGAGAACUAGUGGACGACAACGCCUUUGGAAAAGACAAAGACGUUGACCAGGAAGAGGGAGUUGAAAGUGAUAGAAGAGGCACUUUUGGGCAGCUUUUCAAUAAAGAGUUCUUGCUAACAACUACCAUUCUCUGGAUGUUAUGGUUUGUGGCAGCGGCGUCUUACUACGGGAUAGUUCUGUCGACCACAGAGAUAUUCUCAGAAUUGAGCGCGUCAGAGGAGAAAUGCGUGACGAAGGCACAGGACAGCGACGACGAGUGCUGGGCCACUUGUCAGGAGCUGGACACUGACGACUAUUUGGAUAUACUAUGGACCACUUUGGCAGAAUUCCCAGGUUUACUGAUAGCACUAGUAUUGGUAGAGCUGUUUGGUCGCAAGAGGGCGAUUGCGAUGGAGUUUGUGCUGUUUGGUGUCUUCGCUUUCAUUGUCUCCAUUUGCAUGCCACGAGGCCUGGUCACAUUUAUUCUGUUCACUUCGCGUGCUUUUGUGGUGGCUGCAUUCCAGACUGUUUACGUGUACACGUGUGAGAUAUACCCGACUACCAUUCGUGCGAUCGGUGUCGGAUCCGGAAGUGGCAUAUCCCGAGUGGGGGCAAUGGUCACGCCAUUCAUUGCACAGGUGCUACUGAAGAAAUCGAUCCAGGCGUCUAUGGGAGUGUACUUCCUCCUUGGGGCAGUGGCAGCUGUGGGAGCCCUGUUUCUCCCCACAGAGACCAAAGGAAGAGGCAUGCGGUCUACUUAGAAGAAAACGAACAAAAAGGGUGCCAAUAGCUCUACAGUGUGAAUGGGCGUUUGUUCAGUCGCAAAUGACGAGGCAGUGAUAAGGAAUACAAAUGUUCAUUUUCAACCAAAAACAAACUUCUGAUGUCUAAAUUAAGAAUUAUUUUGUUGUUCAAAUUCAUAUCAGUUCCUCACUCAACCUUGGGUGAGUGUCUAUUUUAAUGUCAUUCCGAGAAGCUGUAUCCUUUUGAGUUAAUGUGUAUAUU